CUUCUUUUAGCAGUUAUUUAUUUACAGCUAGCUACAAGAAAGGCCUACCCAACACCACCCAUGCAUAUUGUAUUGCAAAAGACCUUAGAGAUCAACCCUUGCAGUUUUCUCUAUGACAUUAAUAUAAUCUCGUUGCCAUCCAUUAAUAUCAACUCUUCUUCAACCCCAAGAUCCAUCCAAAAUCUACGAUUUCAUAACCAUAACCAUAUAACUUUACUGCCAUAGCACACCGGUCUAGCUGCAUUGCCACCAAUAUUCUGGACCAGCUCAAACCAUGGCACGAGCCAUGUUCAUUUUGUGGAGCUUUUCUGCAAUAUUGGUGAUCUGGUGGAGCGCCUUUUCUGCAAUAUUGGUCGGCUCAGCUUAUUAUAACAUUGCAGGACCAGCAUCCGUAGGUGUAAAUUGGGGUUUCCAGUCAUCACACCCUUUGGCUCCCGGCAUUGUGGCUGAUUUGCUAUAUGACAACGGCAUAAAAAAAGUGAAGCUUUUCGAUGCUGAUGUUUGGACAAUCAAUGCCUUUUCUGGAUCCAACGUCGAGGUCAUGGUCGGUAUCCCUAAUAGCCAAUUGCAAGACCUGGCCAGCAGCCCUGAUAAUGCCAGAGAUUGGGUCCAAAAGAAUAUCACAAGAUAUAUUCGCAAUGAUAAUGUUGGCGUCGAUAUAAGGUAUGUUGGUGUCGGAAAUGAGCCAUUCUUGACGAGUUACAAUGGAAGCUAUAUGAAGACUACUUUCCCGGCAUUAAAAAAUAUUCAGAAGGCUCUCAAUGAGGCUGGCUUUGGGGACAAGAUCAAGGCCACGAUACCCCUUAAUGCUGAUGUCUAUGAAUCUCGCUCAAAUAUACCAUCUGAAGGUAAUUUUCGCAAGGAUAUUCAAGAUCUUAUGGUCCAAAUAGUGCGUUUCCUGCAUGAAAACAAGGCUCCCUUUUUGGUCAACAUAUAUCCAUUCCUUAGUCUUUAUCAAAACUCCAAAUUCCCCUUGGAUUUUGCUUUCUUUGAUGGCGGCUCCCAGCCAAUCCAAGACAAAAAUCUCCAAUACACGAACGUGUUUGAUGCAAACUUUGAUACACUCGUUUGGACGCUAAAAAAGAAUGGCGUUGGGGACUUGAAAAUCAUUGUCGGGGAAGUUGGAUGGCCUACUGAUGGGGACAAAAAUGCCAACCCAAAGCUGGCAAAAAGGUUCUACGAUGGUCUGUUAAAGAAAUUGGCCAACAAAGAGGGAACCCCGCUUCGGCCAGAGCCAAUACAAGUGUAUCUCUUCAGCCUUUUCGACGAGGACAUGAAGAGCAUCGCACCGGGAGGCUUUGAGCGCCACUGGGGAAUUUUUCGAUACGACGGACAUCCCAAGUUUGAGAUCGAUUUCACUGGACAAGGUAAGGACAAGAUGCCGACAGGUGCCGUUGGAGUACUAUACUUGGACCGUCAAUGGUGCGUGUUGAAAAAUGAUAGUCUUAAGAAAAUGUCAGAGGUGGGAGCUGAAGUUGAUUAUGCAUGCUCCAACUCCGACUGUACCAGCUUGACAUACGGCUCCUCGUGCAACAAUUUGGACAUGCAAGGGAACAUAUCGUAUGCUUUUAAUAUGUACUACCAAAUGCAAGACCAAAGCGUUGAGGCAUGCAAAUUCAAUGGCUUAGCUGAGAUCGUAAAGCAAAAUGCCUCUCAAGGAAGUUGCCUGUUCCCGAUUCAAAUUGUGAGUGCCGGAGAGAGGAUCCGCUUGGCAUAUGGAGCAAGUAUUUUGGUUGGUUUGUUGUCGAUCUUGUUUUCAUUCGUGUUGUGAGAUUAAUUUGAGCCAAGAGAUCAUAUAUAUAUAUAUAUAUAUAUAUAUAUCGGCCGACCGGCAAGACUUUAAUGAUGAAUCUUUACAACGAGCUUCAUUCAA